AUGGCAAGCAAGAAAGGCCAGCAGCAGGAGAUGGUCCAGGUCGGUGCACCUUUUUGGAAGAACAGGUCAGCAUCGCAGCCUCAAGGUGCUUCUAAGCCCUAUGACUCCAACACCGUUGUCGGGGCUUCCUAUUCGCAUGCGAAUAUCCUAACGUUCGUAACAUGGACCGAGCCAACAGGUUCCCUGGACUCUAGGAUAUAUGAGCUAACCCUGGUUCUUUCUGGCAGCGGUACAUCCCCCCAUACGCGACCACGAACACCCCCGCGAUAUUCAUCAACCCCCGGUUCUCGACCGUUGGCUUCUCCGCCUUCUAAAGCUGGAGGUGCCUCCCUCCCACCUACUAAUCAGCCAUAUUCGAGUAUAUUAUCCCAUGGGGUCGGAGGUUGGAGCAAUGAUAACGAAGAGGACGACGAUGACGACGAUGAUGAGAUCGUAUAUGACGACGACGAGGAUGAAUUCGGACUUCCCAGUCUCGCCAGCAUGCGCAGAAAGAGAGACAAAGAAUCUCGGGCGUUGCGGAACAAGCUGAGCGAUCCAGGAGGCCGGGGGAGCAAUACUUCCAGCAUCAGCUAUGCCCUGGGUAGUAGUCGGCAGCGAGCGAACAGCUCGGAUAUCGCAGAGGAGAGGGGGGCAUCCUUAUAUCCGAACGCGAAGAAAUCCGAAGGCAAGAUACUUCGCCCUCAGUAUAAGGACAUACUUAGAGACCCGGUGAACGCAUUGAAUCUCAUCGAUCAUGCUCCGCCGCCGCCAGGCGCGACGCCUAAGGAAGUGGAGAUGCAUUCAGCACGCAUAGGCAGGAUCAACAAGUUUAAACGCAUUCUCCAAGCAAGCACCGUCUCUUUGCCCCAACUCCGUGACCUAGCUUGGUCGGGAAUUCCCGAUGAAGCUCGAGCAAUGACAUGGCAAUUGCUUUUAGGGUAUCUCCCGACUAACAGCGAGAGACGCGUGUCAACAUUGGAGAGGAAACGCAAAGAAUAUCUUGACGGUGUUCGCCAGGCAUUUGAGCGAAGUACUGUCGCCGGCCUCUCGUCCACAUCUGGGAAUACAGGCUCCAUGUCGGGUCGAGGACGUGGAUUGGAUGAAGCUAUAUGGCAUCAAAUCAGCAUCGAUGUCCCACGUACUAACCCGCACCUCGAGCUUUACGGUUUCGAAGCAACGCAACGUUCCCUCGAGAGGAUCCUUUAUGUUUGGGCGAUUAGACAUCCCGCAAGUGGCUACGUGCAAGGAAUCAAUGAUCUUGUCACGCCUUUCUGGCAAGUUUUCCUCGGCAUGUAUAUGACAGACCUGGACGUUGAAAAGGGGAUGGAUCCCGGUCAAUUGCCCAGAUCCGUGCUGGACGCAGUAGAGGCGGACUCAUUCUGGUGUCUGACUAAACUGCUGGAUGGAAUUCAGGAUAACUACAUUUAUGCUCAGCCCGGUAUCCACAGGCAAGUCAAAGCGCUGCGCGACUUAACUACGCGCAUCGACUCAGCUCUUGCCAAACACCUAGAGAAUGAGGGAGUCGAGUUCAUGCAGUUCAGCUUCCGGUGGAUGAACUGCCUUCUCAUGAGGGAAUUGAGCAUCAAAAAUACUAUCCGCAUGUGGGACACGUACCUGGCUGAAGAACAGGGCUUCUCCCGCUUCCAUCUCUAUGUCUGCGCGGCUUUUCUUGUCAAGUGGUCCGAGCAGUUGGUAAAAAUGGAUUUUCAGGAGAUUAUGAUGUUUCUCCAAGCUCUUCCGACCCGCGACUGGACUGAGAAAGACAUUGAGCUUCUGCUGAGUGAGGCGUUCAUCUGGCAAAGCCUGUUUCAGGACUCGAGUGCCCAUCUCCGACCUGCGGGAGAACAGUCAUCUUCUUCCAGCUUCGGCGGGCUAUGA